AUGUCGAGCCAGCCGCUGCUGCAGACGUCUCAGGGCAAGCGCAUCGCUCUGCCGACGCGUGUCGAGCCCAAGGUUUUCUUUGCCAACGAGCGCACGUUCCUCUCAUGGAUGAAUUUCACCGUCAUCCUCGGCGCCCUCGCGAUUGGCAUGCUCAAUUUCGGCGACCGGCCGGCCUUCAUCUCGGCCUUUCUCUUCACUGGCGUGGCCCUCAUCACCAUGCUAUACGCCCUGUUCACAUACCACUGGCGUGCCAAAUCCAUACGGCGGCGCGGUCAGGCAGGCUUCGACGACCGUUUCGGUCCAACCUUUCUCGCUAUUAUCCUCGUCCUGGCCAUCGUAGUCAACUUUGUCCUGCGGAUCGCCUACUCGUCAACGCCCAGCGAAGGCAGCCCGUGA